AUGUAUGGCUUCAAGCUUCCUGUUCUUUUAGCUCCGCUACUAUACGCCGUCGGGAGCACCGCCAACGAAGAUGUCUCCGUCCUGAGCAAGGAGACUGCCAAAGCUAACAACGAAUCGCUGCUAUGGGGUCCUUAUAAACCGAAUCUGUAUUUCGGGGUUCGCCCUCGCUUGCCAGAUAGCUUUUUUGCGGGUUUGAUGUGGGCGAAGGUGGACGAUUUCGUUAAUGCGCAGCAAAACUUUAGACACACCUGCGAGCAAAAUGAAGGCAUGGCCGGCUACGGCUGGGAUGAAUACGAUAUCCGAGAAGGCGGCCGCCAAACCAUCCACGACGCCGGAAACUCCAUCGACCUGACGAUCGACUUCGUAAAGGUUCCUGGUGGGGAGAAUGGUGGAAACUGGGGUGCUCGAAUUAAGGGUGUGCCUCGCGAGGAUGGUUACGACGAUCAGCCGAUGUCAUUGGUGUUCUAUGCCGGUUUGGAAGGGGAGGGGAAUAUCGAGGUUGCGAAUGAGGGCGAUGACCUUGGUUUUACUGGUGAUGUGAAUCUGAAGGGGUCUACCCCGGGACUUGGUGGGUUUUCUGUUGAUGUUACUACGGGUCCUGAGAGCAACCAGCAUCCUGAGCAUGACCAUCCAACUUAUGAGGAUAAGCCGUUGGAUCAUACUCUGGUGGCUAGUGUGACUAUGCCGCCGGGGAAUGUUUGGCAGACGAAGGUGAUGCUGUUUAACCUGAUGAAGGGUGAGGUCGGCGAGGCCAUCAAGAAAUAUGGUGCCGAGAACCCUCCGCCGCCUGCGCAGGUAUUUACCAUCAGAAACGCGCCGGGCGAGGGCAAUCUGCACUAUGUGCAAAAGGUCUUCAAGGGUGCUUUCGAGUUUGAUAUUCUCUUCUCUUCCGGAUCCUCCCCGGAACCUUUGACCUCUGAUACCCUUACGAAGGAGAUCAAGACCUCUUCGCAGUCCUUCUCGGAGCGUUUCAAGAAGAUCCUUGCUCCUCAGACACCUUUCAACUCCCCAGAAUACUCCGAGUUCUCCAAAGCGAUGUUCUCGAACCUUGUCGGCGGCAUUGGCUACUUCCACGGCUCGGACAUAGUUGACCGUUCUGCGCAACCGGAGUACGACGAGGAGAAUGAAGGUUUCUGGGAGGAAACAGAAGAGGCGAGAUCCCGGGCGAAGCCUGUGUAUGAGGGACCUAAAGAACUCUUCACCUGCAUUCCUUCCCGUCCUUUCUUCCCUAGAGGUUUCCUCUGGGAUGAGGGUUUCCAUCUCACCCCGAUUGUCGAUUGGGAUAUUGACCUUGUUCUCGAAAUCGUGAAGAGCUGGUUCAGCCUCAUGGAUGAAGAUGGUUGGAUCGCUCGUGAGCAGAUUAUCGGUGCAGAAGCCCGCAGCAAAGUGCCUCCGGAGUUCACGGUCCAGUAUCCUCACUACGCUAACCCCCCUACACUUUUCCUGAUCCUGGAAUCGUUCAUGGACAAGGUUAGCGCAAAUAAGGCUCUCUCUUCCAAGAAAACUAGUGAAGGUGCGGCUGAAGACAUCCGCUCGGCCUACGUGCAACACCCCGAACUCGGUGAAGAAUACAUCCGCACAUUCUACCCACUGCUUAAAAAGCACUACUUCUGGUACAGAAACACUCAGAGAGGAGACAUCAAGACUUAUGACCGCGAGGCAUUCUCCACCAAAGAGGCGUACCGCUGGCGCGGGCGGUCUCUGCAGCAUGUCUUGACUUCUGGUCUGGAUGACUACCCUCGUGCGCAGCCUCCUCACCCGGGUGAGCUGCACGUCGAUCUGAUCAGCUGGAUGGGCAUGAUGACCCGCUCUAUUCGUCGCAUCGCCGAAGCACUCGGUGAGACUGAUGACGCUGAGGAGUUUGCCGGCUACGAAAACGCCAUUGAGCGCAACAUCGACGAUCUUCACUGGGACGAGGACGCACAGACAUUCUGCGACUCUACCAUCGAUGAGUACGAGGAAAGCGUCCAUGUCUGCCACAAAGGAUACAUUUCCAUCAUCCCAUUCCUGACCGGCAUGGUUGGACCCAACAGCCCUCGUCUCAAGCCCACUCUGGACUUGAUCCAGGAUCCCAAGGAACUCUGGAGUGACUUCGGUAUUCGCAGUCUGAGCAAGCAGGAUGAGUUCUACGGCACUGAUGAAAAUUACUGGAGGAGUCCUAUUUGGAUUAAUAUCAACUACAUGGUUGUCAAGAGUCUUUACGACAUUGCAACCACAACUGGUCCCCACCAGGAACAAGCUCGUGAAAUGUACUCGCAGCUGCGCAAGAACCUCGUCGAGAACGUCUUCAGGGAAUGGAAGAGGACGGGCUUUGCUUUCGAACAAUACAACCCCGACAACGGCAAGGGUCAGCGUAUCCAGCACUUCACCGGCUGGACCAGCAUGGUGGUCAAGAUGAUGUCCAUGCCUGACCUUCCUGCCGGUGAGAAGAGCGGUCAUGACGAGCUGUAA